ACAGACGCUCGUUAACGUCAACACACACUGCUGGCUGGCGCGAUCGUGGCGAGAGUGAUUUUAUCUCCCAUUGAUGCGACUGAAGACUGAAACGACAAAUGUAAACCAUGGCAUCAGAUAUUAUAGCCGUACUACACCUAGAGAAGCAGUCAUUAGGAAAAGUUAUUGUAGUAAAGGAGCUAAACAAGUGUGACAGUUCUUUCAUCACAAGCUGUGUGCUAGGUCACUGUAUCAAGAACAGAAAUGCUGUUAUACUGGUUUCAACACAUAAUUCAAUGUCACACUAUCAGAAUGUGGGCAUUAAAAUGAAUUACAAUUUGCAGAAGCAUGUAGAGUCAGGUCUGGUGACAUUCUACGAUUUAGGUGAAGACUGUGUUAAUAAUUUGUUGAAGAAUGAAAAUAAGUCUGUGCAACAACUAAUUUUUAACUUGAAUAAAAAAGUAUCUAUAAUUAGGGAGAAAUAUGAUAAAGUUGAUAUAAUUUGGGAUGGAGUGACUCAUCUUUUUGACUUAGAAUUUAAUUUAAAAUCAGUAAAUGAAAUUUGUAAUGAAUUUGUAAAGCUUGCUAGAAAAUAUAGUUCAUUUAUAUUGUUUCAUUGUAAUGUUGCCAGUGAUGAUGAUCUUACAUGUGUAAUGUCAAAUCUUAUGUCUCACAGAGCACACAUUCUAUUGGAAGUAGAAAGUUUAUCUUCUGGUUGGAGUGCUGAUGUUACAGGCCAUCUUACCAUAAAAAAUAUUGGGCAAAAAUUUGACAUUGAACACAUGUAUAUAAUGGAUUAUAAACCAUCUCAUUAUUUAUUUAAAUUAUUUGAUAGAGGUGUUAGAUUAUUUGCUCCUGGUACUGUAUAAAUUUAUACAAAUAUUGUACAUUUUUAUUUCAAUGUAGAUAUUAUUUUAAGACUGUAAAAUCAAAAGUAGCUAAACACCAUAGAUUUCAUUUUGACUCUAAACUCAAAUAUAGAGGGAGUUCUAUAAUUAAAAUUCAAAUCAUUACUAAUAUUCUAAUUUUUUUAAUCUGGUUUAAAAUAUAGAAUAUCAUUCCAUAUUCUUGACGAAAUAGUUUUUGUAGUUUCCUGAACAUUUGAUAUACUCGGAUUUAGCUGUCUUUGAUUUUAUAGAUCUCAUGUAAUAACAGGAUUAUAUUUUAAUUAAAUGUUAUUUAUUUUAUUUCAAUUUCUGGAUUUAAACACUGUUUAAUACAAGAAAAAAAUUUAUGUUACUUUUCCAAUUAUAGAAAUAAUGAACAUACAUACAAUAUACAAAAUGCUUAAAUUUUUUGUAUAUAGCAUUUUAAAAUUAAUAUAUAAAUUAUCAACAA